CUCUUCUCCGUGCUGCUCCCUCCCUCUCUAUCCAUUUGUUCUUCCAAUUGUGGAGCUGCAAUUUCCAUGAAACAUCUUUUGGUUGUAGGAGGGUUCAUCGGUUCUUAAUAAUUCCCCCAUCACCGAAGCUCUGUUAAUCUGGAAGGGCUAGGGCUUCUCGUUGCCGUUUUUGACUCCCAUCCCAUUUAAAUCCUGCUCUGCUCGCGCCAGAAGGGAUAUGCGAUUCAAUGGGCUUGGGUUGGUCGGCCCUGUACACCACAUCCUUAUCGCAAUCCCCCCUUGUUAUUCAUCUGCUCUGAGUCUGAGUCUCAAAUCUCCACCUCGCGCUGUUCCUCACGGGAUUCUUAGGCUACACUUUCUUCCUUCCUUUCUUCCCAUUCAAUGCAGUAUGAACGAUUGACAAGGAUUACGUGGUUAUGAAAGCUGUUCCAUUUGCUUCCCAAAACACAGAGAAUUUCUAAGAAUACGAUGUCGUCUGUGGUAGCUCGAACGGGAAGACAGAGGCAAAGAUAUGAGGACCAACUACGUCUAGUCGCUGGGUGCAUUCCUUACAGGAUAAAAGAUGCUGAGGAUCAAAGUUGUGAUCUGGUGAACAGAUUGGAAGUCCUCAUGGUUUCUUCCCCAAAUCGUGAUGACCUUGUAUUUCCAAAGGGUGGAUGGGAGGAUGAUGAGACUGUUGGUGAAGCUGCAUGUCGUGAAGCAUUGGAGGAAGCUGGAGUAAAAGGAAUACUAGAUGAAAAUCAGCUGGGAGUUUGGGAGUUUAGAAGCAAGAGCAGACAGGAUAGCUGUUGCCUAGCAGGUGGUUGUAGAGGUUACAUGUUUGCAUUGAAGAUUACUGAGGAGCUUGAGUCCUGGCCAGAGCAGGCUUACCGUGAUAGGAAAUGGUUGACAGUAAGAGAAGCUUUCAGACUCUGCCGGUAUGAGUGGAUGUCUAGAGCACUUGAACAAUUUUUGGGAGUUAUUUCUGAGAACAGUGAACAUGAGGAGAGAGAAGACCUGAUAGGAGGUUCUCCUUCAGUUGCAGGUCCAGAUGUUGUUGCAGAGCAUCAGAUCUUGCCUCCAAACUGCUUUGUGAAACCUUCUGGUUCCCAACACCUUGACGAACCACAUGACUGUGUGGUUCAAGGGUGAUAGCMCAGCCAAACAAAUUCCAACUGGGAGGAGGGAUCCCAUCAGUAAAGCCUUCUGGUUGAUUCUCAAUCUCUCGCUCGGUGCUGUUGGAAAAGGGUAUUGUUUUUAUGGGUACAGACUACAGUUAUGUAAUUUUACCAAGUUAUAAUGUUACAUUUACAUUACCACAUGGAACGUAAAUCGCAGUUGUCCGGGUGGCUUCCUUGGAAUUAGCACUA